AUGGAUCAUUUUGUUAAAUUAGCUACAACCACCACCUCGGUCCCGUGUGUGGACAACACCCCGGACCUCUGCAGUGCUCCAGGAGCAGACCUGGUCUUCUGCUCAGAUCCUGCGCGCGCAGUCAAAUACUGCCAAAAAACCUGUAAUAAAUGCGAUAUCCAUCUACAUCAAAACACGGCCGCACCAGUACGUUCUACAACUGCGACAACCACGACAACAACAACAACCACCACAACAACACCAACAACUACAACGACAACACCUACAACAACGACAACACCAACAACUACAACGACAACACAAACAACUACAACGACAACACAAACAACUACUACGUCACCACCCUGGCUGUGCGAGGACUACGACGUAGCCCACUGCGCUGAUCCGGAAGUCAAAUUGUUGGUGUGUCUGGAUAUUAAUUUGAAUUAUCUCUGUAGAAAAACGUGUGAUUUAUGUGAGCACAAAGGUUAAAUAAAUAAACUCAUAUUGUUUUCACUC